CUCUAGUUUCCUCUGGCGUCCUCUUUCCUUUCCACACAAAUGUCGAUUCCUCUUUCCCACCUCUUUUUAAUCUCACUGUCUCAUCAACCCAAUCUCUCAUACACACAGGUCUAACGGUAUUCUCGAUUUCUUCUCGCCAUGAAUCCAGACAAGUUCACUCACAAGACCAACGAGGCCAUCGCCAACGCCCACGAGCUCGCCAUCAGCUCCGGCCAUGCGCAAUUCACCCCUCUCCACCUAGCUCACGCUCUCGCUGGCGAUACCGCCGGUAUUCUCCGCCAGGCCAUCGCCAACGCCUCUGGCGGCGCCGGAGACUCUGCCGUCGCCUCCUUCGAGCGUGUUCUGAAUCAGGCUCUCAGGAAGAUCCCCUCUCAGCAUCCUCCUCCCGAUGAGAUUCCCGCCUCUACUUCCCUCAUCAAAGCUAUUCGAAGGGCUCAAUCGUCGCAGAAGCAGCGUGGCGAUUCUCAUCUCGCUGUCGACCAGCUUAUUCUCGGCAGGGAUUGCUUUAAGGAGGCUGGUCUCUCUGCAUCUCGGGUAAGAUCCGAGGUUGAGAAACUUAGGGGAAAGGAGGGGAAGAAGGUGGAGAGCGCUUCAGGUGAUACUAAUUUCCAAGCGCUAAAGACCUAUGGCCGCGACCUGGUGGAGCAGGCCGGGAAGCUAGAUCCGGUGAUCGGCCGGGAUGAAGAAAUUCGCCGUGUUGUUCGCAUUCUAUCUAGGCGGACUAAGAACAACCCUGUUCUCAUUGGCGAGCCUGGAGUCGGCAAGACAGCAGUUGUUGAGGGUUUGGCUCAGAGAAUCGUGAGAGGUGAUGUACCGAGCAAUCUCGCCGACGUGAGGCUCAUCGCUCUCGAUAUGGGUGCGUUGGUCGCCGGAGCGAAAUACAGGGGAGAGUUUGAAGAAAGAUUAAAGGCCGUGCUCAAGGAAGUUGAAGAUGCAGCAGGAAAGGUUAUUCUAUUUAUUGAUGAAAUUCAUCUUGUUCUUGGGGCUGGUAGGACGGAGGGUUCCAUGGAUGCUGCGAACUUGUUCAAACCAAUGCUUGCAAGGGGGCAGUUGCGAUGCAUUGGAGCUACAACACUGGAAGAAUACAGGAAGUAUGUUGAAAAAGAUGCAGCAUUCGAGAGAAGAUUCCAGCAAGUUUAUGUGGCUGAGCCCAGUGUUGUAGACACAAUUAGCAUUCUCCGAGGGUUGAAGGAGAGGUACGAGGGCCAUCAUGGGGUUAGAAUUCAAGAUCGGGCUCUUGUUGUUGCUGCACAACUUUCGGCAAGAUACAUAACUGGACGACAUCUGCCUGACAAGGCAAUUGAUCUAGUGGAUGAGGCUUGUGCAAAUGUGAGGGUUCAGCUUGAUAGCCAACCUGAGGAGAUUGAUAAUCUGGAGAGGAGGAGGAUUCAACUUGAAGUUGAGAUGCAUGCUCUUGAAAAGGAGAAGGAUAAAGCCAGCAAAUCUCGGCUUACUGAGGUUAGAAAGGAAUUGGAUGAUUUGAGGGACAAGUUGCAACCUUUGGUAAUGAGAUACAGAAAAGAGAAGGAAAGAAUAGACGAAAUUCGAAGACUGAAGCAGAAGCGUGAAGAACUAUUGUUCGCAUUGCAAGAAGCCGAACGUAGGAUGGAUUUAGCUCGUGCUGCUGAUUUACGAUAUGGAGCUCUUCAAGAGAUCGAUGCCGCCAUUGUUCAACUAGAAGGAGAAACCGGCGGUGAGAACUUGAUGCUUACCGAAAAUGUAGGCCCUGAUCAGAUAGCAGAGGUGGUUAGUCGAUGGACAGGUAUUCCUGUAACAAGGCUUGGCCAGAACGAGAAGGAAAGACUCAUAGGUCUUGCCGAGAGGCUUCAUAAAAGAGUCGUAGGUCAGGAUCAAGCAGUCGAUGCAGUUGCAGAGGCUGUUCUGAGGUCAAGGGCAGGUCUUGGUCGGCCUCAACAACCUACUGGUUCGUUCCUCUUUCUUGGUCCAACUGGUGUUGGAAAGACGGAGCUUGCUAAGGCCCUCGCAGAACAAUUGUUUGAUGAUGAAACCCUCAUUGUUCGAAUUGACAUGUCGGAGUAUAUGGAGCAGCAUUCUGUAGCCCGACUAAUCGGCGCUCCACCAGGAUAUGUGGGGCACGAGGAAGGAGGGCAACUCACUGAAGCUGUGCGGAGGAGGCCUUAUAGUGUGGUGCUCUUCGAUGAAGUGGAGAAGGCGCAUGCAUCUGUCUUCAACACGUUGCUUCAGGUGCUUGAUGAUGGCCGACUCACAGAUGGUCAGGGAAGGACUGUGGAUUUCAGUAACACAGUCAUUAUUAUGACUUCGAACCUUGGAGCUGAGCAUCUUCUCGCUGGAAUGUUAGGCAAUUCUUCAAUGAAAAUAGCCAGAGAGCGUGUGAUGGAGGAGGUGCGGAGACAUUUCAGGCCUGAACUGCUCAAUAGGUUGGAUGAGAUUGUUAUAUUUGAUCCAUUGUCCCAUGAUCAAUUGAGGAAGGUGGCGAGGCUUCAGAUGAAGGAUGUAGCUGUUCGUUUGGCUGAGAGAGGAAUUGCGUUGGGCGUAACAGAUGCUGCUCUUGAUGUUGUGUUAUCUGAAUCUUAUGAUCCUAUAUUUGGCGCCAGACCCAUUAGAAGAUGGCUGGAGAAGAGAGUGGUUACAGAGCUGUCAAGAAUGUUGAUUAGGGAAGAAAUUGACGAGAACUCCACAGUGUACAUUGACAUCGUGCCGGGGAAGAAGGAGCUCUCUUACAGGGUGGAGAAGAAUGGCGGAAUGGUCAAUGCCUUCACCGGACUAAAAUCUGAUAUAUUGAUCGAUGUACCAUCUACGGUGACCGCCAGUGAUGGCGCUGCGCAGGUUGUGAAGAAGAUGAAGAUUAAGGCUGAUGAUGAGGAUGAUGAUGAGGACAUGAUGGAUUAGGCUCGACGAGGUACAAUGGAUGAGCCAUUUGCAUGGGACAGCAGAGAGUUUUUGAGAAAACUUUGCAUAGGACAGGUAUUUUUGAAUCAGGUUAAGGAGCAGGUCCACAAAUAGGCGAAGCAGGCCCGGCUUUAGCAGAACUGCUGCAUUUGGAAGAGCAAGCUAAGCAACAAGAGCUAGGUAGCUGGAGCAAGCUUUGUUUUCUUUCCUCUGUGAUAGUUGUCUUUUCAAGAUGUUUUGUUAUGUUAAAUUCUUUUUCACCUUGCUUUUACUCUUUUGUAUGAAGUAUUGGAUUUUUAUUUCCAUGGACAAUUAUGGCAUUGCUUGCUUGCCACUCCCACUCCUUUUAU